CUAAUUAAUUUUUCUAGCAAAUGUCUCAUCUUCUUUCUCAAACUUGGUUAUAAAUAAUAAAAAAAGCAAAAAUCUGAUUCCUUCAAGAGUUGGGCAAUUGAAAAUGCUGAAUUCUGCCAUUAUUUUUCACUACUUCUCACUUUCCUUAUCCAUGCAUGCAAAUGCUCUAACUCUUUACAAAUGCAACACCAACAACUUCUUCACUGCUAAUAGCAGUUACGAGUCCAGUCUUAAUCUCCUCUUUUCAACUCUCUCAACCAACGCCCCAGGUACCAACGGAUUCUUCAAUUAUUCUGUCAUCCGUACACCAAACGACACCGUUUACGGCAUCUUCCAAUGCCGUGGGGACACCACCGACGGCUCGUGUCGGGAUUGCGUUAUGGAAGCUACUAGAAACGUAGCCUAUCAAUUCUGUCCCUUUAGGAAAAGCGCUGUGGUUUGGUAUGACGAUUGUCUGUUGCGUUAUUCCGAUCAAAAUUUCUUUUCUGUUGUGUCCACUGAGCCACUUUACGAGUUGGAUAGCCGCGUUGAUAUUGCGUUCGACACGACCCGGUUUAACCAAUUAGUGAUGGCCACUUUGACGGCCAUCGCGGCUAAUGCCUCCUCGUUGGUAGUAGGGGAAAUGUUUGCAACGCAUGAGGCGAUUUUUACAUCAAAUAUAACGCUUUACACUUUGGCACAGUGUAAUUCGGAUUUGUCAAACACGGAGUGCCAAGAUUGCUUAACACGAGUGAUUAGGGGUAUUCCUGGUUGUUGUCGUAAUAAAAUUGGUGGGAGACUUUUGUUCCCGAGCUGUUAUGUUCGUUAUGAACUUUACCCGUUUUAUCAGCUCAGUUGGACUAACCAGGUACCGCCUUCUGAAUCCGCAACUCCUGAUCAACAACCACCACUUCAUUCCUCAGGUCACCAUCCUCUUAUUUUCCUUUCAAAACACAAUCUUACUAACUCAAACAUAUUAACUCUACACUUAUAA